ACAAAUAUAGCGCCUAUGGACUCGGUGGUUGAGCGUUGAAUGCUGAGCUACAGCCGAGGAGUAUAAAUCUUGGCAACAGCUUCAGUAGCCUCAAAACUUUUAUGGGUGAAUUCGAACAACUAAGACAUGUCAUGGGGACGAUCGCAGAAGAUGGAUGCAUCAUACGUGCAAUACUUUAUUUGCUCCUUCUAACAAUUGCACGCCAUGCAAGCUGCGCUACUUACCUUCAUUGCCAAUGGCUUCAUAAUGUAGUCGGUUGCAAAGUGCAAUAUGGAAGGAGUGCGCAAGCACCAGAUUACAUAAAUCAAGUCUUCAUACAGUAUCACGUGACCAACAAACAGAUCUCAAGACUCAGACUCUUGUCGUUGCGUCCACCACCAUGCUUGCCUGGGCCCCGGACAAUCGUCGAUCAUCACCAUGUAGCAGCAUCAGAUCAUCCGAUGCUUACGAAAGUUUUUCGUGUCAUGAAAACUACCUGCGGAAUUUUGGACCUUCAAAAUGAACCACGUGUGGUUCAUAGAUUCACAGAAAACCAUUUCACCAUCCUUGUUUAUAGCAUAUGCAGAUUCAGAAGUUUUCAUCCUUUUUCGUCUUUUCACUGGGACUUCUACGCCCUUUGUCCUCAUACUACGGAACAUGCUAAUCGAAGACAAGGUACAAGAUCUUCGUAUUCUCCUCUCGAGCUCGCGCCGACUGGUGGAUAUAUGUGAUUUUCUCCUUGCGAUAUUACAGACAUCCGAGAACAAACAAUGUUAUCGCCUAGCAGAUCAGGUGUGGAAACGAGUUCAGGUGCAGGUAAGGGCUGACUCGUAUCGAUUUAUUGUCUUGAUGUGAAUGAUU